UGCGAACCGAACCCUUCCCUCCGCCGCACUUUCCUCAUCCCCGAGAGUUCGAUUCUAGGGUUUUCUCUACGAUCCAGAGCGAGAAUUUAGUGAAAGAUGGGGCACUCUAAUGUAUGGAACUCCCACCCUAAGAACUAUGGCCCAGGAUCUCGAGUUUGCCGGGUUUGUGGGAACCCCCACGGAAUGAUUCGGAAGUAUGGGCUUAUGUGUUGCAGGCAGUGCUUCCGUAGCCAUGCCAAGGAUAUUGGCUUUAUUAAGUACCGCUGAGCAUAGUUCGCGGUGAUUACCAUCAACUGGACAUGUGGUUUAAUGGGAAAUCAAGAGUGGAUUCGUCAUCUUUCGGAAGAUUGUCUACAAUAUUUAGCAAUGCCAUGUUAGUUUUCAUUGACGUUUUAUAUUUAAUUAUGUAAUGGAUCAAGUACCUGUAAGAUGUGGUUGCAGAAUCUAAUUUCUUCGUGGUUUAGUGUCAAUUGUGUCAUGGAUGAAAGUUUCACAUGUGCACCUUUCUUUUUCCUAGUGCUACUGCUGCCCGUUCCUUCA